AUGCCGUUCUGUAACGUAAGUUCGUAUCAGAACAGAGAUGGAGAUGAAUCAAACAUCAAUGGAACCAAUAUUUUCUACAGAACGUACGGUCAUGGGCCGGUGAAAGUUCUUUUGAUCAUCGGAUUGGCUGGGACACACGAUUCAUGGGGUCCACAGAUAAAUGGUCUCGCUGGAACGGUGAUUCCAAACGACGAUGAGUCGACGGCCGACGAUCGGAGCAAUGAGAGUGACGAAGGUGAUGGCGUUGAGGUCUGUGCGUUUGAUAAUCGGGGAAUGGGUCGGAGCUCCGUUCCCAUCAAAAAGUCCGAAUAUACGACAAGAAUUAUGGCAAAAGAUGCAAUAGCUCUAAUGAAUCACUUGGGUUGGAAAAAAGCCCAUGUCUUUGGCCAUUCAAUGGGAGCUAUGAUUGCUUGUAAAUUGGCUGCCAUGGUGCCUGAUAGAGUUUUGUCUCUAGCUUUGUUAAAUGUAACUGGUGGAGGUUAUGAAUGUAUACCAAAGCUUGACCGUCAAACUUUGUCAAUUGCAAUUCGUUUCUUGAGGGCAAAAAGUCCUGAACAAAGGGCAGCUGUUGAUUUAGAUACCCACUACUCAAAGGAAUAUCUUGAAGAGUAUGUUGGAGAUGAGACGAGAAGAUCAAUAUUAUACCAACAAUAUGUAGAAGGCAUAUCAUCAACUGGUAUGCAGUCAAAACAUGGAUUUGAUGGUCAGAUCAAUGCAUGCUGGACUCAUAAAAUGUCACGGUCUGAAAUUGAGUCCAUCCGUGUUUCCGGAUUUCCUAUAUCCGUUAUUCAUGGCAGAUAUGAUGUCAUCGCCCAAUUAAACCAUGCAAAAAAGCUUGCAGGAAAAUUUUAUCCUUCUGCAAGAAUGGUUGAACUUCACGGAGGGCAUCUUGUGAGCCACGAGAGAACCGAAGAGGUAAAUGCAGCUCUUCUUGAGUUGAUCAAGGCAUCAAAGAGUAAGAUAAGCCUACACGACUGGACAAAUUUGCACAAGAAAAGUAAAGUUUGUAAAGCUACCCAGAUAUCAUUUUGCAAAACAAGCACUUUAUCUUUCAUGGUUGAUGCUGUAGAAAAGCUACAUCUUUUCCUAUUCCGAGCAUCUUCUACUGGGAAUUCUCUUCUUUUUUAUGACCUCUCAGUCGAUGUGGCUCUCUUGUGUACAAGCAUUGCUUGUAAUUUAACUGUGUGUCUAUCUGCUGUUGAGGUAAAAGGACACAGUCAACAAUAA